AGGCAUGGCCACCUGGGCUUCCUCCCCCAUAAGAGAAGCCGUCGCCACCGAGGGAAGGUGAAGACAUGGCCUAAGGAUGAUCCCAGCAAACCAGUCCACCUGACGGCUUUCCUAGGCUACAAAGCUGGCAUGACACACAUUGUGCGGGAAGUGCACAGGCCUGGGCUCAAGAUCUCCAAAAGGGAGGAGGUGGAGGCCGUCACCAUCGUUGAGACCCCCCCGAUGGUGGUGGUGGGGGUCGUGGGGUACAUAGAAACACCGAAGGGCUUGAGGAAUUUCAAGACUAUUUUUGCUGAGCACAUCAGCGACGAGUGCCGACGGCGCUUCUACAAGAACUGGCACAAGAGCAAGAAGGCGGCGUUCACCAAGUACUGCAAAAAGUGGCAGGAUGAGGAUGGCAAAAGGCAGCUGGAGAAGGAUUUUGCGGCUAUGAAAAAGUACUGCAAGGUCAUUCGUGUCAUUGUGCACACGCAGAUGAAGCUGCUCCCGCUGCGGCAGAAGAAGGCCCACGUCAUGGAGAUCCAGCUGAAUGGCGGGACGGUGGCUGACAAGGUUGACUGGAUUCGUGAGAGGCUGGAGAAGCAGGUUUCCGUGCAUACUGUCUUCAGCCAGAACGAGAUGAUUGAUGUCAUUGGUGUGACCAAGGGACAUGGGAUGAAAGGGGUGACAAGCCGUUGGCACACGAAGAAGCUCCCCAGGAAGACACACAAGGGUUUGCGCAAAGUUGCCUGCAUCGGAGCCUGGCACCCGGCCCGGGUUGGCUACUCCAUUGCUCGGGCUGGCCAGAAGGGCUACCACCACCGCACGGAGCUCAACAAGAAGAUUUACCGCGUUGGCCAUGGGAUCCACGUGGAGGAUGGCAAAGUGGUGAGGAACAACGCCUCGACGCACUACGAUGUCACGGAGAAGACCAUUACGCCUCUGGGUGGCUUUCCUCACUACGGGGAGGUCAACAACGACUUCCUCAUGCUGAAAGGCUGCGUCGUGGGCACGAAGAAGCGUGUGCUCACCCUCCGUAAGUCCCUUCUGGUGCAUGCGAGCCGCCGGGCUCAGGAACCCGUUGAACUCAAAUUCAUUGAUACUACUUCCAAGUUUGGCCAUGGCUGCUUCCAGACAGCUCAGGAGAAGCGGGCUUUCAUGGGCCCUCAGAAGAAACACUUGGUGAAAGGGAAGCCAAGCGUGCAGGAAGAGCUGUAAGGACUGAGAUAUGCAAGGCUACCUAACUGGGCACUUUCAAUAAAGGGGCUUCAA